AUGAAGCUCGAGUUCCCCAUGAGCGAGAUCUUCACUGAGCGUGUGCUGAUGCAGUACACGAGGCUCUUCCGGAUCAUCGCUUUGGCCCACCACGCCCUCGAGUGCCUCAAGGGAGCUUGGGGUGCCCUGGCCGGUCUCGGUGCAGGCAGCAGGGGCUCUGCGAUGCCACCGACGGCCCUCAUCGCAUUGCGCCAUGAACUUCACCAUUUCGCGGCAACAAUUCAUCGCUACCUCCUGGUAGAUGUCGUGGCCACGGAGUUCAAGCAGUUGGAAGCGAAGGUGAUGGAAGCUUCCUCCCUGGACACACUCCUCGCCGCCCACAGCGCUUGCCUCCGGCGCUGUGUGGCCCGGAGCUUCCUAGAGGCUGGCUCGCAGGACGCCCUGACUGCCGUGGUCGGCAUCCUGGACCAGGCCUUGGAGCUGUCGUGCCUGCUUGAAGAGGUGGAUUUGCAGCUGCCAUCUCUACCGGCUUCGGUGAUUGUCCGCUUGCGUCGCAUUGAGACGACAUUUUGCGACUUAAGGAGAAGCCUGAAGCUCGGCUACAUGGACGGAGGAUUGACUGAAGCAGAUGGGCUGGUGCAGGAGGUUCUUCCGGCUUCCGAUGACUUCAGCUAG